CAACAUGGCUUCAGGCUGAAGAGGAUGGUCACACAGUCUGCUAGGAAUUACGGGUCAGAGUGGAAUCUCAGGACUUGGUGGAGCCGGUCCUGGACACUCCGGAGUUUGAAAUGAGUGAGUUCGUGGAGCCGUGAGUGCCUGUGGAUCAAAUGGGGAAUGUCUGUGGCUGUGUUCGGGCUGAGAAAGAAGAACAGUAUUUUGAUCCUGCCAAAACUCCCUUGAGCCCUGAAAAACACUCUCCCGGAAGAAGAUAUUUCAGAAGAAAAUCGUUCCAGAAAGCUGUAGCUGACACUGCUCCUGUGGGGCCAAGCAGUGAAAGAGAAGGCAAGAAGGGCGGCGGUCAACCUGCCAGGGAACGGCCAGCUGUGCCAUCCAGAGAGCUGGUGCCAGAGGACCCCGCCACAAGCCCUGCACCGGAGGGUGGUGUGCAGCCAGCCAGGACAACUGCAGCCGACCACAGUGAGCAGAAACCUCUGCCUGGUGCUCCGGACCAGGGCUCCUACCCAGUGAUAGUUUCGUCUGCUCAGAGCAGCGACUCAGAAGUACAACUUAGUGCCCGGGACAAGACGACUUCAGAAAAAGAUAGUCCUCCCUGUCGCACAGAGACAGAGAGAUAUUUAGGUGAUGUCAACACAAAACAGAGACCAUUCCAGAGAAAAGACAGUGUUUCUCUUUUCCAAAAGUCAGCCAGCUUAAGUUCAGUCUGUGUCACAGAGAAUACACUCAGAAACAAUGUGUUUGUGGGAAACCUGUCAAAAAGUUACAGCAGUAUCCAAGAGCACCGCAGGAGAGUUCACCCUCAUGAAGCACACUGUACUCAGUUUACAAAAAGGAGGUACCAUUCUCUCUGUGCUAGUGUGCCCACGGUCUCCAAGGGCACACCUGGGAAUGAUGGAUGUGAGAUAUCAGAUAUUCAUGUAACUGGAGAGUCAGAGGACAUGUCUGCGAAAGAAAGGUUGCUCCUGUGGACACAGCAGGCAACAGAAGGUUAUGCUGGAGUACGGUGUGAAAAUUUCACUACCUGCUGGAGAGAUGGGAAACUAUUUAAUGCCAUCAUUCAUAAAUACAGGCCGGACCUGAUAGACAUGAACACUGUUGCUGUUCAAAGCAACCUUGCAAAUUUAGAGCACGCUUUUUAUGUAGCUGAAAAAAUCGGUGUUAUAAGACUUCUGGACCCUGAAGAUGUCGAUGUCUCUUCACCAGAUGAAAAGUCAGUAAUUACCUACGUGUCCUCCCUCUAUGAUGCGUUUCCCAAAGUCCCCGAAGGUGGUGAAGGCAUCGGUGCAAACGAUGUUGAAGUCAAGUGGAUUGAAUACCAGAAUAUGGUGAACUACCUCAUCCAGUGGAUUAGACACCACGUGGUCACAAUGUCUGAGAGAACAUUUCCUAACAAUCCUGUUGAACUAAAGGCACUUUAUAACCAGUAUUUACAGUUUAAAGAAAAAGAAAUCCCACCAAAGGAGACAGAGAAAUCAAAAAUUAAACGGCUAUAUAAGUUAUUAGAGAUUUGGAUAGAGUUUGGACGCAUCAAACUCCUUCAAGGUUAUCACCCCAAUGACAUUGAAAAGGAGUGGGGCAAACUCAUCAUCGCCAUGCUGGAGCGGGAGAAGGCGCUCCGACCCGAGGUGGAGAGGUUGGAUAUGCUGCAGCAGAUUGCUGCCCGAGUUCAGAGGGAUAGUGUCAUCUGUGAAGACAAACUGAUCCUCGCCCGAAAUGCUCUCCAGUCUGAUUCGAAAAGAUUAGAAUCAGGGGUGCAGUUUCAGAACGAAGCAGAAAUUGCUGGGUACAUCCUGGAAUGUGAGAACCUUUUACGCCAGCAUGUGAUCGAUGUGCAGAUUCUGAUCGAUGGGAAAUAUUACCAGGCCGAUCAGCUGGUGCAGAGGGUUGCAAAGCUGCGUGAUGAAAUUAUGGCCUUAAGGAAUGAAUGUUCCUCCGUGUACAGCAAAGGACGCAUGCUGACCACAGAACAGACAAAGCUCAUGAUAUCAGGAAUCAGCCAAAGUCUAAACUCAGGAUUUGCACAGACCUUACACCCCAGUCUGAACUCAGGGCUAACCCAGAGUCUAACACCUUCCUUGACCUCUUCUAGUGUGACUUCCGGCUUGUCCUCGGGGAUGACUUCCCGUCUGACUCCAUCGAUUACUCCAGCUUAUACACCUGGCUUCCCUUCAGUAAUGGCUCCAAAUUUCAGUUUAGGAGUAGAGCCAAGCUCAUCACAGACUCUGAAGCUAAUGCAGAUCCGAAAGCCCCUUCUAAAGUCGUCUUUGCUGGAUCAGAACUUGACAGAAGAGGAAGUCAAUAUGAAAUUUGUUCAAGAUCUCUUGAACUGGGUUGAUGAGAUGCAGGUGCAGCUGGACCGCACUGAAUGGGGCUCAGAUUUGCCGAGUGUUGAAAGCCAUUUAGAAAACCAUAAAAAUGUUCACCGAGCCAUUGAAGAAUUUGAAGCAAGCCUUAAAGAAGCUAAAAUUAGCGAGAUUCAGAUGACAGCGCCUCUUAAGCUGACUUACACAGAUAAGUUGCACAGAUUAGAGAGUCAGUAUGCAAAACUCUUGAAUACAUCCAGAAAUCAGGAACGGCACCUUGAUACGCUCCAUAAUUUUGUAACACGGGCAACUAAUGAACUUAUCUGGUUGAAUGAGAAAGAAGAGGAAGAAGUCGCUUAUGACUGGAGUGAGAGGAACACCAACGUUGACCGGAAGAAAGGGUACCAUGCGGAGCUAAUGAGAGAGCUCGAGCAGAAGGAGGAAAACAUAAAGGCCGUUCAGGAGAUCGCAGAGCAGCUGCUUCUAGAAAACCACCCAGCCCGGUUGACUAUAGAGGCGUACCGAGCAGCCAUGCAGACGCAGUGGAGUUGGGUCCUGCAGCUCUGCCAGUGUGUGGAGCAGCACAUCAAAGAGAACACCGCCUAUUUUGAGUUUUUCAGUGAAGCCAAAGAAGCUACUGAUUACCUGAGGAACCUGAAGGAUGCCAUUCAGCGCAAGUACAGCUGCGACAGAUCGAGCACCAUUCACAAACUGGAAGACCUCGUUCAGGAGUCCAUGGAAGAGAAAGAGGAGCUUCUGCAGUACCGAAACUCGGUGGCAGGCCUGAUGGGGAGAGCCAAGACAAUAGUGCAGCUGAAGCCACGGAAUCCUGACAAUCCACUCAAAACUUCCAUUCCCAUCACCGCUAUCUGUGACUACAGACAGAUUGAGAUAACCAUUUAUAAAGACGAUGAAUGUGUUUUGGCAAACAAUUCUCAUCGCGCUAAAUGGAAGGUCAUUAGUCCCACUGGGAACGAAGCUAUGGUCCCGUCUGUGUGUUUUACUGUCCCCCCACCAAACAAAGAAGCUGUUGAUUUUGCAAACAGAAUUGAGCAGCAGUAUCAGAGUGUCCUCGCCCUUUGGCAUGAAUCUCACAUAAACAUGAAGAGUGUAGUCUCCUGGCAUUAUCUGGUCAAUGAAAUCGACAGAAUUCGAGCUAGUAACGUGGCUUCAGUGAGUCCAAAUAUAAAGACAAUGCUGCCUGGCGAACACCAGCAGGUUCUGAGUAAUCUUCAGUCUCGUUUGGAGGAUUUUCUGGAGGACAGCCAGGAAUCCCAAAUAUUCUCAGGCUCAGAUGUAACUCAGCUAGAAAAGGAGGUGAAUGUGUGUAGGAAGUAUUACCAAGAGCUUCUCAAGUCUGCAGAAAGAGAGGAGCAAGAGGAGUCGGUGUAUAAUCUUUACAUCUCAGAAGUGAGAAACAUUCGACUUCGGUUAGAGAGCUGUGAAGACCGGUUAAUUCGGCAGAUACGGACGCCCCUGGAGAGAGACGAUUUGCAUGAAAGCAUGUUCAGAAUCACAGAGCAGGAGAAACUGAAGAAAGAGCUGGAACGGCUUAAAGAUGAUUUGGCAACGAUCACAAACAAGUGUGAAGAGUUUUUCAGUCAAGCGGCAGACUCCCCGUCCAUCCCCACUCUGCGAUCAGAACUCAGCGUGGUCGUCCAGAGCAUGAAUCAGAUCUACUCCAUGUCUUCCACCUACAUAGAGAAGUUGAAAACAGUUAAUUUGGUAUUAAAAAACACCCAAGAGGCAGAAGCCCUGGUCAAACUCUAUGAAACCAAACUAUGUGAAGAAGAAGCAGUAAUAGCUGACAAGAACAAUAUUGAGAACUUAAUGAGUACUCUAAAGCAAUGGCGAUCAGAAGUGGAUGAAAAGAGAGGAGUGUUCCAUGCAUUGGAGGACGAGUUGCAGAAGGCAAAAGCCAUCAGUGAUGAGAUGUUUAAGGCACACAAAGAACGGGAUCUUGACUUUGAUUGGCACAAAGAAAAGGCAGACCAGCUGGUUGAAAGAUGGCAGAAUGUUCAUUUGCAGAUUGACAACAGGCUUCGGGACUUAGAAGGAAUUGGGAAGUCGCUGAAGUACUACAGAGAUUCGUACCACCCUCUAGAUGAUUGGAUCCAGCAAAUUGAAACCACCCAGAGAAAGAUUCAGGAAAAUCAGCCAGAAAACAGCAAAGCUCUAGCCUUACAGCUGAACCAACAGAAGAUGCUGGUGUCUGAAAUAGAGGUGAAACAGAGCAAAAUGGACGAAUGUCAGAAAUAUUCCGAGCAGUACUCAGCCGCGGUGAAGGACUAUGAAUUGCAGACAAUGACCUACAGGGCCAUGGUCGAUUCUCAGCAGAAGUCUCCAGUGAAACGCCGGCGGAUCCAGAGCUCAGCGGACCUCAUUAUUCAAGAGUUCAUGGACCUGCGGACUCGAUACACUGCCCUGGUCACUCUUAUGACACAGUAUAUUAAAUUUGCUGGCGAUUCAUUGAAAAGGCUGGAAGAGGAGGAGAAGUCUUUGGAAGAAGAGAAGAAGCAACAUGUUGAAAAAGCUAAAGAAUUGCAGAAAUGGGUAUCAAAUAUCAGCAAGACAAUGAGAGAUGGGGAGAAAGCUGAGAAACCUCUCUUCUCUAAGCAACAGCUUUCCAGUAAAGAAAUAGCAACCAAAAAGGAGCAAAUCUCUGAAGCUCUUCAAGCCACCCAGCUUUUUUUGGCUAAACACGGAGACAAACUGACAGAUGAAGAAAGAAAUGAAUUGGAGAAACAAGUGAAAACUCUUCAAGAAGGAUAUAAUUUAUUAUUCAGCGAAUCUCUGAAACAAGAAUCACAGCCGUCCGGAGAUAGGAAGGUAGAGGAGAAGCAGGAUAAAGUGAUUGCAGGCGCCAUGAACCAGGCAACUGGAGAGGUCCUUUCUAUCUUCCAGGCGGUUUUAAGAGGCCUGAUUGACUAUGAGACAGGAAUCAGGUUGCUUGAGGCACAGCUAGUGAUUUCUGGUUUAAUUUCACCAGAAUUAAGGAAGUGUUUUGACCUCCAAGAUGCUAAAAGCCAUGGCCUCAUUGAUGAACAAAUUCUGUGCCAACUGAAAGAACUGAAUGAAGUAAAGCAAGUUAUCUCCAUGGCAUCGCCUUCCACGAUUCCUGUGCUACAUUGUCUGACUCAAGGCUUGAUAUCAGAACCCAUGGCCAUACGAGUUCUUGAGAUACUACUUUCGGCAGACUCUCUGGUGGUUCCAGCCACGGGCGAGCACCUAACCUUGCAAAAGGCUUUCCAGCAGAAUUUGAUUUCCUCAGCAUUGUUUUCUAAAGUCCUAGAAAGGCAAAAUACUUGCAAAGAUCUUAUUGACCCAUGCACUUAUGAAAAGGUAUCUUUAACGGACAUGGUACAGAGAAGUAUUCUGCAGGCAAAUACUGGGAUUUGGCUUUUACCCGUGAGACCGCAGGAGGCCGGCAGAAUAACACUGAAAUGUGGAAGAAGCAUCAGUGUCCUAAGAGCAGCUCAUGAAGGGCUCAUAGACCGUGAAACCAUGUUUAGGCUGCUAGGUGCACAAAUUCUGUCUGGUGGUCUGGUCAAUUGCAACUCUGGUCAGAAAAUGACUGUCGAAGAAGCCAUGGCAGAGGGAAUGAUUGACAGAGACACUGCAAGUAGUAUCCUCACCUAUCAGCUUCAGACAGGAGGAAUCAUGCGCUCAAACCCUGCUAAGCGCUUGACAGUAGAUGAGGCAGUGCAGUGCGACUUGAUAAGUCCCAGCAGCGCGCUUCUGGUUCUAGAGGCCCAGCGGGGCUACGUUGGACUCAUUUGGCCCCACUCUGGUGAAAUCUUUCCCACAUCCUCUUCCUUAGAGCAGGAGUUGAUUACAAAUGAAUUAGCCUACAAAAUUCUGAAUGGGAGACAGAAAAUUGCUGCUCUCUACAUUCCAGAAAGUUCUCAGGUCAUUGAUUUGGAUGUUGCUAAGCAGCUGGGAAUUAUAGAUAAUAAUACCGCCUCGAUUUUAAAAAAUAUAACACUGCCAGACAAAAUGCCAGAUUUGGGAGAUUUGGAAGCUUGUAAAAAUGCCAAAAAAUGGCUUUCUUUUUGUAAAUUCCAGCCGUCUACAGUUCAUGACUACAGGCAAGAAGAGGAUGGUUCUGACGGUGAAGAGUCAGUCACAAUCCAGAGCUCAGAACAAACUAAAAAGUUAUUCCUAUCUUAUUUAAUGGUGAACAGCUACAUGGAUGCAAACACGGGACAGAGACUUUUGCUCUAUGAUGGGGACUUGGACGAGGCUGUGGGCAUGCUGCUGGAGAGCUGCAGUGCAGAACUCGGAGCCGCCACAUCCGUAAAAGAGAGUCUCUCUGUCUUAAGCAUCCCUGGUGCCUCUCCUCAUUAUGCUUCAAGUAAAGAAAAGGAUAAAUGUCCAUCGCCAGCAGCUGUCUCUGAUAAAUGUCCUUACAGACAACCUGAACAUAAAGAGGCUCUUGACAACAAAGAACGUGCCAUAAAUGAAGAGCUUUGUAGACCAGAAAACAAUGACAACAGUAGUGAAUUGUAUUGGCCAGAAAACCUAAUGAAUACAACAGCCAUUGUUCAUAAAGGCAAUAGUCCAUCUAGUGUGUGUGUCCCCAAACCUGCAUCAUAUUCAACACAGCCUGAGUUUGCAGAAGGGAGCAUGCUCAGACAUGAUUCUGAUGACGUACUUCAAGACUAUAAAAACCAAAGUGAGCUUGAAACAAAGGUACAUCUGGAUGAGCGUAAUCAUUCUAAAAUCACUCAAGAUUUUGCAGGUAGUUUUUUGACUUCAAAAGCUGGUAGACUUUGUAACUGGAACGAACGAGAGAAUGAAGAUAAUAUGCAGAAUGACUCAUCUGUCUUUGACUACUCCCCCCGACUGAGUGCUCUGCUAAGUCAUGAUGAGUUGAGGCACAGUCAGGGACGUUUCAGAGAUCCACAAGCCCCACAGAAUGUGAGCUGUAUAGGUGAAGCUUCCCCAUUGUCAUUCAAUGACCAAAAGGUGUCGUCUGAUAGAAAUACAGGAGAAAAAUUCCAAGACCAAUUUCUGGGAAUCGCUGCUAUUAACAUCAGCUUCCAGGGGCAGCACAGUGGACAGAGGUCUUUAGAGGUCGGGUGUGGCGAUCCUCAAGAGCAGUGUCACAGUGAUGAGUACAUGUCAGAUGCUUCAGGUGAGCACAGUGAUGAGCCCAUGUCAGAUGCUUCAGGUGAGAGUGGAAAUGCCCAGCCAACAGAUGAAAAUGAGAAAAGUGCAUCUGCGGUGGAAGAGCGCUCCUGUACCACAGUCCCUGGGGAUGGUUCAUGUACCAACACGCUGUCCCCUGGAGGAGCCAUUGGUGCUGAUGACUAUGAGACAUCGCUGCUGGCUGAUCAGCAGAGUGACACAGGAACAGACACUGAGAGUGAUGAUUAUUUUUAUGAUACCCCCUUGUUUGAAGAUGAUGACCAUGAUUCUCUAGUUCUCCAAGCUGACGACCACGAUUGUUUGCACCCUGAGGACUAUGACAUGAUGCAGGAGGAAAAUGAUGGGACCCCUCCUCCUGCUGACGUUUCUUAUGACGUUUCAAAAGAGAAGGAAAAUCCUUUGUUUCCCCAGGGAGGUAGAGUUGAUGGCUUAAGUGUGACAAGCAAAGUGCCUUGUUCUCAGGAACUUCUUGUAGGGAAGGAGAAACUUGAAUUACAUUUAGUUGGCCAGAAACAGUGCAGUUCAGUUGGCUCAGACAAAGUGAAUGAACAGUUGAUGGAGUCUGUAUCUAAAAGGGAAAACCUGUGUGACCUUGACAAUGAUGGUUCUGACUCACUGACUGAUGGUGAAAUUAUAGGAAGGAAAGAGGGCUCCGGGGCCGCAUUAACACCUGAUGGUAGCCGGAGAGGAAGAAGAGAGGAGUUUGACACUAGCCAAGAAAGUCAAUCUGAUACUGAUCAUGGAGGUUCUGAAGAAAGUAGAGAAAGUUACGGGCAUUAUAUAUAUGAUGAUAGUGACAGUGAUGAUGAUGAUGACGAUGACACUCAUAGUGGGGACUAUAGCAGUGAAGAUGGUGACCGAGGAGGAGGACAAGGAGUAGAAGAUGAGAAUGGAAAGCCCAUGCGCCAAGUUGAAGAUACCCAGUUGUGUGCCCCUGCUGUAAAGGAACCCGGGGAUGGAAACCGAAGUCUCAGUCACACGGUCCUCCUAGAGGAAAUGUGCCACGCAAGUGUGUUGCAGCCGCAGUCAACUGGCGAGACAAGUCAAGGCACUGAGAGAAGCAACCAUGUGGAAAUUAGAACUGGAACUGAGGAGGAAAACAAAGCAAGUCUAUCCAAUCACGUGGCAACCAAAGACGCAUCGCUGCCUGGUGCUAAACACAGCACCUCGGAAAAAAUGUUUGGCAGUAUUUUGUCUGACAACACUGGUUUGGUUUCUGAAUUAGAAAGAGAUGUAAUGAACACAAAAGUCAAGUUGGUUCAAGGGCCAGAAUCUACAGAUAUUCUAAAAGCUGAAGACAGGCAUCUUGAGAAUGUAUCACCCCAAAUCAGACCAUCUUCGGAUAAAGUCAUCUGUUCUGGAACUGAGUUAAUAGGUGGACCUUCUGAGGAAAGCCGGUUGUCAUCCACAGUAAAUGACAAGGGUCAGCAAGGGAGCGGAAGAGGUCUGGUUAAAGGUAGAGACUGCAAAAACGACCCUCUGGUAGAUGAAACAUCCAUUCAGGAAAUGGGCUUGGGUAAAGAAGGGUUGAUAGAAGGCCCAGGAGAAGAAGAAAGGUAUCUCAACCCUUUUCCAAAUACAAGGGCAGCAGAGAGCCUCACCAUGACUGACAGGCAAUUUCUCCAUCUAAUAACGGACACCGAGGAACUUAGUCACAGAGGGGACCUGAAAGCAACAACUGUGAUUCUUGGAGAUGAAUCCGAAAGUGUGCCAAGGAGGGUUAGCGUGAGUCCCGUUCCGUUUGAGACUCUUGCAGAAAUAUUUGACACCUCUGCUUCUAAAAUGACUCCUGCUUACUUGACUUCAGAUGCUACAUCCUCCGAGGUAAAGAGCCACGUAGGAGACGAUGCCGUCACAGGAGGACUGGAGACAGAGAGUGGUCCGCUUACUUCUUUAGAACAUGGCGACAAAUGUACAACAGCGGGUGUACUAGAACCAAACAAAAAUAUCCCAAGCUGUGUCUCAGUGGUUUCUCCUCCCUUGGAAGAUGAUUUACAGACAGUAAAUAAUGCAGAAGAAAAGUCUGUCAUUCCCCAAGAAGACUGGCCUCCAGGUGCCGAGAUCCAGCAAAGUGAUCCUUGUAGCAAAGAGAGCGUCUCAGAAGGAAAAGCAGGAAUUGAAGAGGUCACUACAGAAAAUAGUGACACCCCACUGUCACCCUUGCCUCUUAAAAGUGUGGAGGACUGUGGAGACAGCCCCGGUUUUGUGCCGUCUAAGCUGCGUCUGAACGGGGUGGGAAACAGCACGUUAGGUGUGGACGGCUCACUGUUAGAAAGCGGCAGGGAAAAGGAAACCACAGAGAGAUGGCCACACAGAGAACCAGCCUUCUCUCCAAAGCUCCACGAGGGAGAGGUCCGUGCUCCCGAGUGCUCUCUGGCGUGUGUAGAUGAUGGAAAGAGGAUCUUGCAAAGCGUAUUAGAAGAAGGUCAUGUGAAUCUCCAAGACGGGAGAGACCCUUCCGCCUGCACAGACACCAGAAUUUCAAUUCAGAACUUAAUUAAAAGAGUUGACUUGUCUCAGUUGCCAGAUGAAGUAUCUGGUGUGCCCGGUCCUGGCAUUCCCCCCAUGAAUAACUCAUCAGAACUGAAGGCAGAGAGUGGAGGUGAUCCACUCUGUAUUGAGAGUCUGCAGUUGGAACUUCUGGAUAUACUGAAGCAAAACCAGCACACCCCAGGCACAUCUGAGUUGGUAAAAGUAUUAACUCAAAUGGAAUGUGAUCCAAAGAAAAAAGGCAUCGCAUCUGAAUUAUUUCCACCACAACUUAAAAAUGCUUUUCGUAAGCUGCUGAUUGACGGGAAUGCCACUGAAAGAGAACAGGCUGAAGCCUCAGAUCGGAGCCCAUGUGCUGCUUCCGAGCUGGUGGAAGAAAAGCCGGACAGCUGCAGUGACCUUCAAAGCAAAGAAGGAAGUCGCUGUUCCCUGAGUCCACAAACUGUAAGAGACACAGGGGCAGAACACUCUGCUGUGCACACAGCAGCCUUGCCAAGAGGUGAGAAGCUUGAAGAGCUAUGCAGCGAGCCUCCAGGUCAUUCAGAAUAUAUUUCUAUAUCAAAAACAAUGGCCUCUGGUGACAGCUCAGUGGAAAAAUGUUCCAAUGAGUUGCAACAGUGUUUACAACAUACUGAGAAAAUGCAUGAAUAUUUGGCUUUGCUUCGAGAUAUGAAACCCCCCUUAGACAACCAGCCACCUGCGGAUAGCAGUCUAGAAGCCUUGAAGAAUCAGCUUACGCAGUUAGAGACAUUUGAGCUGGGAUUUGCUCCAGUUGCUGUGUUUUUAAGAAAAGAUCUGAAGUUGGCAGAAGAGUUCUUGAAGUCUUUUCCUAGUGACCUUCCCAGAAGACAUCGAGAGGCACUGAGCAAAAGCCACGAAAGUUUGCAGAAUGCCUUCUCGACCCUCAGCAGUGAAUCCUCAGAGAGGAAGAAGCUGAUCAUGCUCGCAAUCGACUCUGAAAUGUCGAAGCUCGAAGUUUGUUAUAAGGACUUCCUACAUAAACUCACAUCCUAUUCAGAUUGGGUGUCAGAGAAAAGCAAAUCUGUGGAGGAUAUUCAAACUGUGAACAUCCAGGAUACUGAACUUGUAAAGGAAAAUGUGAAGUUUCUUAAGGAUGUGCUAAGAGACCUCACACAUACCAAAGUGCAGCUUGAAACGACGGCCUUUGACAUACAGUCCUUCAUCUCUGACUAUGCACAAGAUCUGUCUCCCAGCCAAAGCCGACAGCUGCUGAGACUCCUGAAUACAACCCAGAAGGGUUUUCUUGAUGUGCAGGAGCUGGUAACCACCGAGGCAGGCCGGUUAGAGACUCGCUUACACCGAGAGCAGGAACUCGGUCAUCAGAAGGUUGUGGCAGAGCGUCAGCAAGAGUACAAAGAGAAACUCCAAGGUCUGUGUGAUCUCCUCACCCAAACUGAAAACCGCCUGAUUAGUCACCAAGAAGCCUUUGUGAUUGGAGAUGGCACGGUGGAGUUAAAGAAGUACCAGACCAAGCAAGAGGAAUUACAGAGAGAUAUGCAAGGAAGUACGCAGGCUUUGGCGGAAAUAGUGAGAAACACGGAAAUCUUUUUAAAAGAGAGUGGUGAGGAGCUAUCCCAAGAAGAAAAAGCUUUAAUCGAGCAGAAGCUGAACGAGGCUAAGACAAAGUGUGAACAGCUGAAUUUAAAGGCAGAACAGUCGAGAAAGGAGCUGGACAAAGCGGUGACAUCAGCCAUCAAGGAAGAAGCUGAAAAGGUUGCAGCUGUGAGGCAGCUGGAAGAAAGCAGAACGAAAAUAGAAAACCUUAUGGACUGGUUGUCGAACGUGGAGAAAGACUCAGGGAGGGCAGGGAUGGAGCACCUGCAGGUGAUGGAGCAGAAUGGAACCCAUGUGCAUGAAGGUGAUGGCAGGUCGGUAGCUGGGGAAGAGGACGAGGUCAACGGCAACCUGCUGGAGGCAGAUCUUGAUGGUGGGACCACGGGGGAGAACCUGAACCAGCAGUACCAGAGAGUCAAGAACCAGCGUGACAAGAUCAUGGCUCAGCACCAGGCAGUCAUCUUAGCCACGCAGUCUGCACAGGUGCUGCUGGAGAAGCAGGGCCACUACCUCUCACCCGAGGAGAAGGAGAAGCUGCAGGCAAACAUGCAGGAGCUGAAGGCGCAUUAUGAGACGGUGCUGGCUGAGUCUGAGAAGAAGGUGAAGCUGACGCACUCCCUGCAGGAAGAGCUGGAGAAGUUCGAUGCUGACUGUGGUGAGUUUGAGCAUUGGCUCCAGCAGUCGGAACAAGAGCUGGAGAACCUGGAGGCGGGAGCGGACGACCUCAGUGGCUUAAUGGACAAGCUGACGAGGCAGAAGAGUUUCUCAGAAGACGUCAUUUCACACAAAGGCGACUUGAGGUACAUCACCAUUUCUGGAAACAGGGUGUUAGAAGCUGCCAAGUCUUGCAGCAAGAGAGAUGGCAGCAGGGUUGACAAGGACAGUGGCAUCGACACUUCUGCAACCCACAGGGAGGUUCAGACUAAACUGGACCAGGCUACACACCGCUUCCGGUCUCUCUACUCUAAGUGCAGCGCUCUUGGGAAUAACCUGAAAGACCUGGUGGGCAAACACCGACACUAUGAGGACGCUUCGUGUGCGCUUCUUUCCGGGCUGCAGGCCUGUGAGGCCAAAGCAAGCAAACACCUACUUGAGCCCAUUGCUGUGGACCCCAAAAAUCUGCAGAGGCAGUUAGAGGAGACCAAGGCUUUGCAAGGGCAGAUAUCAAGUCAGCAGGUUGCUGUGGAGAAGCUGAAGAAGACAGCAGAAGUUCUCUUGGGUGCCAAGGGCUCCUUGCUUCCUGCCAAGAAUGACAUCCAGAAGACCCUGGAUGACAUUGUCGGGAGGUAUGAUGAUCUGUCCAAGUCUGUGAAUGAACGGAAUGAAAAGCUUCAGAUAACACUGACCCGCUCACUGAGUGUGCAGGACGGCUUGGAUGAGAUGCUGGACUGGAUGGGAAGUGUGGAGAGCUCACUGGUCAAGCAAGGUCAAGUGCCCCUAAACUCUGCGGCUCUUCAGGACCUCAUCAGUAAAAACAUUAUGUUGGAGCAGGACAUUGCAGGUCGUCAGAGCAGCGUAAAUGCCAUGAAUGAGAAAGUAAAGACCUUUAUGGAGACCACAGACCCGUCCACUGCAUCCUCGCUGCAGGCGAAAAUGAAGGACCUGUCUACCCGGUUCUCCGCAGCCAGUCAGAAACAUAAAGAAAAGCUUGCCAAGAUGGUGGAACUAAAGGCCAAAGUAGAGCAGUUUGAAAAGCUCUCAGAAAAGCUCCAGGUGUUUCUAGAGACACAGAGCCAGGCACUCACGGAGGUGGACAUGCCAGGAAAAGAUGUUCCGGAGCUGUCUCAGUAUAUGCAGGAAUCCACUACAAAAUUCUUAGAACACAAGAAAGAUCUCGAAGCUUUGCACAGCCUCCUGAAAGAGAUAUCCAGCCAUGGCUUGCCAGGGGACAAAGCUCUGGUGUUUGAGAAAACAAAUAAUUUGUCAAAGAAAUUCAAAGAACUGGAGGAUACCAUCCAAGAAAAAAAAGACGCUAUCGGCUCUUGCCAGGAGCAACUGAGUGCUUUCCAAGUCCUUGCUCAGUCACUGAAGUCCUGGAUAAAAGAAACAGCAAAGCAGGUUCCCGUCGUGAAGCCUUCUUUGGGAGCAGAGGACUUAGGAAAAUCUCUGGAAGAAACUAAGAAAUUACAAGAAAAGUGGCGUUUGAAAGCCCCAGAAAUUCAUACAGCAAACAACAGUGGGGUCUCACUAUGUAACCUGAUAAGUGCGCUGACCACCCCUGCCAAGGCCAUAGCAGCAGUCAAAUCAGGUGGAGUAAUACUAAAUGGUGAAGGAACAGACACAAAUACUCAGGAUUUCUUGGCAAAUAAAGGGUUAACAUCUAUUAAAAAGGACAUGACUGACAUAAGCCACAGCUACGAAGACCUUGGCCUGUUACUCAAGGAUAAGAUAACUGAACUGAAUACUAAGCUCUCCAAGUUGCAAAAGGCUCAGGAAGAAUCGAGUGCGAUGAUGCAGUGGUUGGAGAAAAUGAACAAAACUGCCAGCAAAUGGCAGCAGACGCCCACGCCCACAGACACCGAAUCCGUGAAGACGCAAGUCGAGCAGAAUAAGUCCUUUGAGGCGGAACUAAAGCAAAACGUAAACAAAGUGCAAGAACUGAAAGACAAACUGACUGAGCUACUGAAGGAGAACCCAGAGGCUCCCGAGGCCCCCGCCUGGAGACAGAUGCUGACGGAGAUGGAUACUAAGUGGCAAGAGCUCAACCAGAUAACAGUUGAUAGGCAACAGAAGCUGGAAGAAUCCUCCAAUAAUCUAACCCAGUUCCAGACCACAGAGGCCCAGCUAAAGCAGUGGCUUUUGGAGAAAGAACUGAUGGUCAGUGUUCUUGGACCCUUAUCCAUCGACCCGAAUAUGUUGAACACACAGAGGCAGCAGGUGCAGAUUCUACUUCAAGAAUUCGACACUCGGAAACAUCAAUACGAACAGCUCACAGCUGCUGGCCGGGGCAUCCUGAGCAGACCUGGGGAAGACCCUUCUUUACAUGGGAUCGUGAACGAACAACUGGCAGCUGUGACCCAGAAGUGGGACAACCUGACGGGACAACUGAGGGACAGGUGUGACUGGAUUGACCAGGCUAUCGUCAAAAGCACGCAGUAUCAGGGCCUCCUGAGAAGCCUUUCGGGUACCCUGAGUGAGCUGGAUGACAGACUCAGCAGCAGCCUCACCGCCGGCACACUGCCUGAUGCUGUGAACCAGCAGCUGGAAGCGGCCCAGAAGCUGAAGCAGGAAAUCAAAGAGCAAAGCCCACACAUCAGGACAGCCCAGACACUCUGUGAGGACCUGUCCGCGCUGGUCAAAGAGGGCUACUUGAAAGCAGAACUGAGCAGGCAACUGGAAGGCGUUGUAAAAUCGUUCAAGGAUAUCGAACAAAAGACAGAGAAUCAUGUUCAGCACCUUCAGUCAGCCUGUGCGAGCUCUCACCAGUUUCAGCAAAUGUCUAAGGAUUUUCAGGCUUGGCUGGACACCAAGAAGGAGGAACAAAGAAACUCUCCCCCCAUAUCAGCCAGAUUCAAUGUCUUGGAGUCAUUGCUUAAAGCUCAGAAAGAAUUCAGCAAAACUUCCACCGAGCAGUCUAACAUUUACGAGAAAACCAUUGCAGAAGGUGAAAACCUGUUAUUAAAAACACAGGGGGCGGAGAAGGCAGCCUUACAGUUACAGCUCAACACGAUGAAAACCGACUGGGACCGAUUCCGAAAGCAGGUGAGCGAAAGGGAAGAGAAACUGAAAGACGCGCUGGAGAAAGCCCUCAAGUACAGAGAGCAGGUGGAAACUCUGCAGCCGUGGGUAGACAGAUGUCAGCAGAGUCUGGACAGAGUGAAGUUCUGCUUGGAUCCCAGUGAGACGGAGAAUUCCAUUGCCGAGCUGAAGUCCCUGCAGAAGGAAAUGGACCACCACUUCGGAAUGGUGGAAUUACUGAACAACGCAGCCAAUAGCCUACUCAGUGUCUGUGAGGUGGAUAAAGAGGUGGUUACGAAUGAAAAUAAGGCAUUGAUCCAGAAGGUAGACAGGGUCACCGAACAGCUUCAAAGUAAGAAAGUCUCCCUAGAGAACAUGGCCCAGAAGUUUAAAGACUUCCAGGAAGUCUCCAAAGAAGCUGAAAGGCAGCUCCUAGGGGCAAAAGAACAACUGGAUGUCCAUCACUCCCUAGGACCCCAGGCACACAGUAACAAGCACCUGACCAUGCUACAGGCUCAGCAGAAGUCACUGCAGACCCUGAAGCAUCAGGUAGACUUGGCAAAAAGGCUCGCCCAGGACCUGGUGAUGGAAGCCACAGAACCAAAGGGAACCUCCGACAUUUUGUUGCAAGCAGAAGCCUUAGCUGAAGAGCAUAAAAACCUGAGCCAGCAAGUGGAUGAAAAGUGUUCUUUCCUCGAAACCAAGCUGCAGGGUAUCGGACACUUCCAGAACACCAUCCGAGAGAUGUUUUCUCAGUUCACAGAGUUUGAUGAUGAGCUGGAUAGCAUGGCUCCAGUGGGCAGAGAUGCAGAAACGCUCCAAAAGCAGAAGGCGUCUAUACAGGCCUUCCUGAAGAAGCUGGAAGCCCUCAUAGCCAGCAACGACAACGCAAAUAAGACCUGCAAGAUGAUGCUAGCCACAGAAGAAACCUCUCCUGACCUUGUUGGAAUCAAAAGGGACUUAGAAGCCUUGAGCAAACAGUGCAACAAGUUGCUAGACCGAGCGAAAGCCAGAGAGGAGCAGGUGGAAGGUGCGACUGAGCGGCUGGAAGAGUUCUACCGCAAACUGGAAGAGUUCUCAACUCUGCUCCAGAAGGCUGAGGACCACGAAGAAUCGCAAGGGCCCGUGGGGACAGAAACGGAGACAAUUAACCAGCAGCUUGACGUAUUUAAGGUGUUCCAGAAAGAAGAAAUUGAAGCCUUGCAGGCGAAGCAGCAAGAUGUGAACUGGUUAGGGCAAGGCCUCAUCCAGAGCGCAGCUGCAAACACCUGCACCCAAGGUUUGGAGCAUGACCUGGAUGAUGUCAAUGCACGGUGGAAAACGCUCAAUAAGAAGGUGGCUCAGCGCGCAGCCCAGCUGCAGGAGGCCCUGCUCCACUGUGGGAGGUUCCAGGACGCCCUGGAGUCCCUGCUCAGCUGGAUGGCAGACACCGAGGACCUUGUGGCCAAUCAGAAGCCUCCAUCGGCUGAAUUCAAAGUGGUGAAAGCCCAGAUACAAGAGCAAAAGCUUCUGCAGAGACUGCUGGAAGACCGGAAGUCCACUGUGGAGGUGAUCAAACGAGAAGGAGAGAAAAUCGCUGCUUCUGCAGAGCCCGCAGACAAAGUGAAGCUGUCAAGGCAGCUGAGCCUCUUGGACAGCAGAUGGGAGGCCCUGCUUAGCAGAGCUGAAGCAAGGAACCGCCAGCUGGAAGGCAUCUCGGUGGUAGCGCAGGAGUUUCACGAGGCCUUGGAACCGCUGAACGAGUGGCUCACGGCCAUAGAAAAGAGACUGGCAAACUCUGAGCCCAUAGGAACCCAGGCACCGAAGCUGGAGGAGCAGAUUGCACAGCACAAAGCUUUAGAGGAUGACAUCAUCAAUCACAAUAAACAUUUACACCAGGCUGUUAGCAUCGGCCAGUCCUUAAAGGUUCUGAGCUCCAGGGAGGAUAAAGACAUGGUGCAGAGUAAACUAGACUGCUCUCAAGUGUGGUACUUUGAGAUUCAAGAGAAAAGUCACAGCAGGUCUGAGCUCCUCCAGCAGGCCUUGUGUAAUGCUAAGAUUUUUGGGGAAGACGAAGUUGAGCUGAUGAACUGGCUGAAUGAAGUGCAUGGCAAACUGAGCAAGCUGUCAGUCCAGGAUCACAGCACUGAGGCCCUGUGGAAACAGCAGUCUGAACUCCGGGUGCUGCAAGAGGACAUCCUCCUCAGGAAACAGAGUGUAGAUCAGGCUCUGCUGAAUGGCUUAGAGCUGCUCAAACAAACCACAGGUGAUGAAGUUUUAAUAAUUCAAGAUAAGUUGGAAGCCAUUAAAGCACGGUACAGUGACAUCACCAAGUUGAGCGCCGAUGUAGCGAAGACCCUGGAACACGCUCUACAGCUUGCCACCCAGCUGCAGUCCACGCACGAGGAGCUGUGCCGCUGGCUGGACGGGGUGGAGGUGGAGUUGCUCUCCUAUGAGACUCAGACCCUGAAAGGAGAAGCCUCAAACCAAGCCCAAGAGAGACAGAAAGAACUGAAAAAAGAAGUUAAGAGCAACAAAGCCUUACUAGACUCCCUUAAUGAAGUGAGCAGCGCUCUGUUGGAACUAGUACCCUGGAGGGCCAGAGAAGGACUUGAGAAAAUGGUAGCCGAGGACAACGAGCGCUACCGAUUGGUGAACGACACCAUCACUCAGAAAGUAGAAGAGAUCAAUGCUGCCAUUCUGCGGUCUCAGCAGUUUGAGCAAGCGGCAGAUGCUGAGCUAUCCUGGAUUACUGAAACAGAGAAGAAAUUAAUGUCUCUGGGUGACAUCAGGCUUGAGCAAGACCAGACUUGUGCUCAGCUGCAGGUUCAAAAGGCAUUCACCAUGGAUAUUUUGAGACACAAGGAUAUUAUUGAUGAACUUGUUAAAUCUGGGCAUAAAAUCAUGACCACCUCCAGCGAAGAGGAAAAGCAGCCAAUGAAGAAAAAACUGGAUAAGGUAUUGAAGAACUAUGAUGCCAUCUGCCAGAUAAACUCAGAGAGGCACCUGCAGCUGGAGCGGGCACAGUCCCUCGUUAGCCAGUUCUGGGAGACAUACGAGGAACUUUGGCCAUGGCUGGAAGAAACACAGAGAAUCAUCUCCCAGCUGCCUGCCCCAGCCCUGGAAUACGAGACUCUGAGACGGCAACAGGAAGAGCACCGGCAACUGCGAGAGCUGAUCGCAGAGCACAAGCCGCACAUAGAUAAGAUGAACAAGACCGGGCCACAGUUGCUGGAGCUGAGCCCAAAGGAAGGCGUUCGUAUCCAGGAGAAGUAUGUGGCCGCUGACACCCUUUACAGCCAAAUUAAAGAAGAUGUCAAGAAGCGAGCUGUGGUUCUUGAUGAAGCCAUUUCUCAGUCAACUCAGUUUCAUGACAAGAUCGACCAGAUCCUUGAGAGCCUGGAGCGCAUCGUGGAGCGUCUAAGGCAGCCGCCAUCCAUCUCUGCUGAGGUUGAAAAGAUCAAGGAGCAGAUUGGUGAAAACAAGAGUGUGUCUGUGGACAUGGAGAAGCUGCAGCCGCUGUACGAGACCCUGAGGCAGAGGGGCGAGGAGAUGAUUGCCAGGUCCGAGGGUGCCGAGAAGGACAUAUCUGCCAAAGCCGUGCAGGAUAAGUUGGACCAAAUGGUUUUCAUUUGGGAAAACAUACACACACUGGUGGAAGAAAGGGAAGCCAAAUUGCUGGAUGUUAUGGAACUAGCAGAGAAAUUCUGGUGUGAUCACAUGUCAUUGGUUGUUACCAUAAAAGACACUCAAGAUUUCAUCCGGGACCUGGAAGAUCCUGGGAUUGAUCCCUCAGUAGUAAAACAACAGCAGGAAGCAGCUGAGGCAAUAAGAGAGGAAAUUGAUGGACUGCAAGAGGAGCUCGACAUGGUCAUCACCCUGGGCUCUGAGCUCAUCGCUGCAUGUGGGGACCCUGAUAAGCCCAUUGUCAAGAAAAGUAUAGAUGAGUUAAAUUCAGCUUGGGAUUCUCUAAACAAAGCCUGGAAAGACCGGGUUGACAAGUUGGACGAGGCCAUGCAAGCUGCCGUUCAGUACCAAGAUGGAUUGCAGGCAAUAUUUGACUGGGUUGAUAUCGCAGGCAACAAGUUAGCCUCAAUGUCUCCAAUUGGAACGGACCUUGAGACUGUCAAGCAGCAGAUUGAAGAGCUGAAGCAAUUUAAGUCAGAGGCAUAUCAACAGCAGAUAGAAAUGGAAAGGCUGAACCAUCAAGCGGAACUUUUGCUGAAGAAAGUCACAGAGGAGGGUGACAAGCACAGUGUUCAAGACCCGCUGAUGGAGCUGAAGUUGAUAUGGGAUAGCCUGGACGAGAGAAUCGUCAGCAGACAGCACAAGCUGGAGGGCGCUCUCUUGGCGCUGGGUCAGUUCCAGCACGCCCUGGAUGAGCUCCUGGCGUGGUUGACACACACAAAGGGCCUGCUGAGUGAACAGAAACCCGUCGGAGGAGACCCGAAAGCCAUUGAAAUUGAACUCGCCAAGCAUCAUGUGCUCCAAAAUGACGUUUUAGCCCACCAGUCCACAGUAGAAGCGGUCAACAGAGCAGGAAAUGAUCUAAUUGCCUCGAGCGCGGGAGAAGAAGCAAGCAACCUCCAGUACAAGCUCAAAAUCUUAAAUCAACGCUGGCAGGAUAUUUUGGAAAAAACAGAUCAAAGGAAGCAGCAGCUGGACAGCGCCUUGCGCCAGGCCAAAGGGUUCCAUGGUGAAAUCGAGGAUUUGCAGCAGUGGCUGACUGACACAGAGCGUCACCUCUUGGCAUCCAAACCCCUGGGAGGUUUGCCAGAAACUGCCGAGGAGCAGCUGAAUGCACAUAUGGAAGUCUGCGCUGCCUUUGACAUCAAAGAAGAAACGUACAAGAGUCUGAUGCAGAAAGGGCAGCAGAUGCUCGCAAGAUGCCCCAAAUCUGCAGAGACAAAUAUUGACCAGGACAUAAACAACUUGAAAGAGAAAUGGGAAUCUGUGAAAAACAAGCUCAACGAGAAGAAAACCAAAUUGGAAGAGGCCCUCCACUUAGCAAUGGACUUCCACAAUUCCCUCCAGGACUUCAUCAACUGGCUCACCCAGGCUGAGCAAACCCUGAAUGUGGCUUCUCGGCCAAGUCUUAUCUUGGACACAAUCUUGUUUCAGAUCGAUGAGCACAAGGUCUUCGCCAAUGAAGUAAAUUCUCACCGCGAGCAGAUAAUAGAACUGGACAAAACUGGAACCCAUCUGAAGUACUUCAGUCAGAAACAAGACGUGGUGCUCAUCAAGAACCUGCUGAUCAGCGUGCAGAGCCGGUGGGAGAAGGUGGUCCAGCGGCUGGUGGAAAGAGGAAGGUCCCUGGAUGAAGCGAGGAAGAGGGCCAAGCAGUUCCAUGAAGCUUGGAGUAAACUAAUGGAAUGGCUGGAAGAGUCAGAAAAGUCUUUGGAUUCUGAACUGGAAAUCGCCAACGAUCCAGACAAAAUCAAAACACAGCUGGCACAGCACAAGGAGUUUCAGAAAUCCCUCGGAGGGAAGCAUUCUGUCUAUGAUACCACCAAUCGAACUGGACGUUCUCUGAAGGAGAAAACCACACUGGCUGAUGACAACCUGAAGCUGGACAACAUGCUGAGUGAACUCAGGGACAAGUGGGACACCAUAUGCGGAAAGUCUGUGGAAAGACAAAACAAAUUGGAGGAGGCCCUGUUAUUUUCUGGACAAUUCACAGAUGCUCUGCAGGCCCUCAUUGACUGGCUGUAUCGAGUGGAGCCCCAGCUGGCAGAAGACCAGCCUGUCCAUGGAGACAUUGACUUAGUGAUGAACCUAAUUGAUAAUCACAAGGUUUUCCAAAAAGAGUUGGGGAAGCGGACCAGCAGCGUGCAGGCACUGAAGCGCUCUGCCCGAGAGCUCAUAGAAGGCAGCCGGGAUGACUCCUCCUGGGUCAAGGUCCAGAUGCAGGAGCUGAGCACCCGCUGGGAGACUGUGUGUGCGCUUUCUAUAUCAAAGCAGACGCGGUUAGAAGCAGCUCUGCACCAGGCAGAGGAAUUUCACUCUGUGGUCCACACCCUCCUGGAGUGGCUGGCGGAAGCAGAGCAAACCCUACGUUUCCAUGGUGCUCUCCCAGAUGAUGAGGAUGCUCUCCGGACUCUCAUUGAUCAACAUAAGGAGUUCAUGAAGAAACUGGAAGAAAAAAGAGCCGAACUGAGGAAGGCCACUAGUAAGGGUGACGCUCUUUUGGCCCUCUGCCACCCUGACUCCAUUACCACCAUCAAGCACUGGAUAACCAUCAUCCAGGCCAGGUUUGAAGAGGUACUGGCCUGGGCAAAGCAGCAUCAGCAAAGGUUAGCAGGGGCGCUGGCCGGGCUCAUUGCUAAGCAGGAAUUGUUGGAAACUUUGCUGGCCUGGCUGCAGUGGGCCGAAACGACGCUCAGUGAGAAAGAUAAGGAAGUCAUCCCGCAGGAGAUUGAAGAAGUGAAGACCCUCAUUGCCGAACACCAGACCUUCAUGGAAGAAAUGACCAGGAAGCAGCCUGACGUUGACAAAGUCACCAAGACCUACAAGAGGAGGGCCGCCGACCCGUCCGCGCUGCAGUCCCACAUCCCAGUCUUGGACAAGGGGCGAGCUGGACGGAAACGCUUCCCAGCAUCAGGCUUGUAUCCAUCUGGACCACAGACACAAAUCGAAACUAAGAAUCCCAGGGUUAACCUGCUGGUGAGCAAAUGGCAGCAGGUCUGGCUCCUGGCUCUGGAGAGGAGGAGGAAGCUCAACGACGCCUUGGACAGGCUGGAGGAGCUGAGGGAGUUUGCUAACUUCGAUUUUGAUAUCUGGCGUAAAAAAUACAUGCGGUGGAUGAAUCAUAAGAAAUCGCGAGUGAUGGACUUCUUCAGGAGAAUCGACAAGGACCAGGACGGAAAGAUCACUCGGCAGGAAUUUAUUGAUGGAAUUCUUUCCUCAAAGUUCCCUACGAGUCGCCUGGAGAUGAGCGCUGUAGCAGAUAUCUUUGACCGAGAUGGCGACGGAUACAUCGACUACUAUGAAUUUGUGGCAGCUCUACAUCCAAACAAAGAUGCCUACAAGCCCAUCACAGAUGCCGACAAAAUUGAAGAUGAGGUCACGAGGCAAGUAGCUAAAUGUAAAUGUGCGAAGCGGUUCCAGGUUGAGCAGAUCGGCGACAACAAAUACAGGUUCUUCCUGGGAAAUCAGUUUGGAGACUCACAGCAGCUGCGGCUGGUUCGGAUCCUGCGGAGUACGGUGAUGGUUCGUGUUGGAGGUGGAUGGAUGGCUCUGGAUGAGUUCUUAGUGAAAAACGAUCCAUGCAGGGUUCAUCAUCAUGGGAGUAAAAUGUUACGUUCGGAAUCAAACUCUUCAAUUACUACUACUCAGCCUACUAUAGCUAAAGGACGGACCAACAUGGAGCUGCGUGAGAAGUUCAUCCUAGCAGACGGUGCCAGUCAGGGGAUGGCUGCCUUCCGGCCACGAGGCCGCAGAUCACGGCCUUCAUCCCGAGGGGCUUCGCCCAACAGAUCCACUUCUGUGUCCAGUCACGCUGGCCAGGCAGCCUCCCCACAGGUGCCUGCUGCCGCCAGCACACCCAAGAUUCUCCACCCUUUAACACGCAAUUACGGUAAACCAUGGUUGACAAACAGCAAAAUGUCAACUCCUUGUAAAGCAGCCGAGGGCUCAGACUUUCCCGUGUCGUCAGCAGAGGGAACGCCAAUCCAGGGAAGCAAGCUGCGACUCCCGGGGUAUCUAUCAGGGAAAGGCUUCCACUCCGGGGAGGACAGAGCCUUGAUAACAGCAGCAGCUGCCAGAGUCCGAACACAGCUUGCCGAAUCCAGGAAGACUCCAAGCCGCCCUGGAAGCAGAGCUGGAAGCAAAGCUGGCAGCAGGGCCAGCAGCCGCCGAGGCAGUGACGCAUCAGACUUUGACAUUUCGGAGAUCCAGUCUGUGUGCUCAGACGUGGAGACUGUCCCACAGACACACAGACCUGUGCCCCGAGCAGGUUCUCGGCCGUCCACAGGCAAGCCGUCUAAGAUCCCCACACCCCAGAGGAAGUCACCUGCCAGCAGACUAGACAAGUCUUCAAAGAGAUAGUGCACCGGGCGCCAACAAGCCCUCCCCUGAGCAUUUAUUAUUUAAGUGAAUGAUGUAAAAUAUGAUGUAGAGAUUACUGUGAAAUAUUGCAGGAGGCGAGUUUUAAAUUCUGCAGAUGGCCUUAUUUGUGUAUUUGUCUUUUUAUUUGAUCUGUAUCACUUUUUGGUCAGAUUUUCUGGGGGUAAAAGUCACAUCAUAUGUGAUGAGGAAGAAAGAAUUUAACAUGAACUGAUAAUGUUCCUGCACUGUCACGUGUAGACACACACACUAAAGGCAGUUACUGUACCGACAGGUAAGUCUCCAUCCUCUCCGACAACCACAGCGCUACAUAGCUGACAUUAAGGGAUACCUCAUGACACUUCUUGUUUCUAUGAAAAUUCUGAACAUCUGACAGACAUAGCAGGGAAAUCUUUCUUUUGAGAUGCUUUAACUGUAAAUUAGAAGGAAAGCAAAAGGAAAAACACUUCAACACACAGUUCUUCAAGCCGUAACCAACGGAGAAUCCCAGGAGAUUGCUUCAAGCAGCUGUGGGUCCCGUGGUGUGCAAGCACCUCCUAGCAUCCUUGUUCCGUUGCUUUAGACGCAGCCAGACGUGCCCUGGGUUAUCAGCCGUCUCUACUGUAAGAAUGUGAUGCAAAGUGCAUUCGUAUAAACGUGAGGUUUGCUUUGCUUGGGUGGACAGCAGCCCCUGUAUCAUUGAACUCAUUUUGUAACAGCAAUUUUGCUUGCAAAAAAAGCUAUGAAAUAAAACAUGUCCCUUAACUUCA